AGUCCUUUGGUAUGAGCAUGUCCGUGUUGUGAAUGUCGAAUGAGACGCUACGAGUUAGAUUGUAUUUUGUGGUCCUUGAAAGAAAACAUUACAACACAACUGCAGUCGAACUGAUUCCUCAAAAGCUACGUGGACUGACAAUGGCGAUCCGGACACAGAUAAUAGUGGAACUAGUUGUCGUUAUCCUCAUAGGAGUACUAACAUGCGCUUAUGCUCAAGGAGGCGAUCCCCAAGACACAGCCGCCUUCCCGAUCAGCGGGUUCAGAUACGACUGCAAUGACUGGCCCACAGAUCUCUACGCCGACAACAGAAACUGUAGCAUAUUUCACCAUUGCCAGGACGACCGUCACGUGCGUUCAUACCACUGCCCCAAACUGACGCCGUAUUUUGACCGGUUUAGGAAGAGAUGCACAAUCUGGGCCAACGUGCCGUCCCAGUGCAAAUCCUCGGGGAAGAGAAUAACGUGGACACCGAGAGAUUGGAAAUGCCCGGAUGCAGCGUUCAGUUCCAACCCUCACCCUGACUGCACUCGUCUGUUCCUUUGUUUUGGCGGGAAAUACUCACUGACAGUCUGCCCAAGCGGGUUCCAUUACAGCGAAAAGGAUCUCCGCUGUGCGCCUUACAGAAACUCUACGAAGGAAUGCACGCCUUGGGGAGCGAGAGUGACAUGGCCCGGUUACACGACCACAACCACUACGACCAGGGCACCUUACACAUUUGUGUUCAGAACUACGACCACUACGACCACCACAACCACAACCACUCCAAUCCCAACUACCACAACCACCACGCCGCUCUUCCUCUGUCCAGACGGCAAGACUGGAUUCCAUCAUCAUCCUAUAAGAUGCGACUCCUUUUUCAUCUGUACUAACUGGGAAUUCACUGAGCGCAGUUGUCCUGACAGCCAACAAUGGUUCAGUAAGGUUCGAGGCACCUGUGUCAAUAAGUUCAACCUGCGAGAUGAGUGUGACAGCAGGACGGGAAUCCGCUGGGAAGCUAAGACAACUACCACCACCACCACUACCACGCCUGCACCCACAACGCCACCUGUCUAUGAUUGCAAGGGCCAAGAAGGUAUUUUCCCAGACCCAGCAGGCUGCAGUGCUGUCUACUACCAGUGUAUAUACGCCGGAUCUCAGGUUUUGGAAAAACGCUGCAUGGGAAACCUCGUGUACAACCCCGACGGCGAAUGGGGAGGCCAUUGUGACGAGAGAAAUAACACUGCAUCCUGCGAAGUGGCAACAAAACCACCUCCAUCCACUACGCCCCUCACAACCACAUCAUCGACAACCACAACCACGCGGGCAACCACCACCACAACAACAACUACAACCACCCCUCGCCCACCCCCACCCACCACCACGGGGCCCCAGUUUGACCCUGCCAAAUACCCAUCCCCCGUCGACUGCACCACCGUCGCAAAGAGCGGAUGGUACAAAGAUCCCAGAGACUGCAGAGUGUACCACCAGUGCCUCAACAAGAAAUACACGUUCGGUAUUUGUAACAACGGGGGCUUCUUCAACGCUAUGGGGCAAUUCUGCGACUCCCCCGGCAAUGUCAUUGACGACUGUUUUCCCGACGGACGCAGGAGACUUGGCUGUCCUGAACCGGACAAGUUCUUCGUGCCUCACCCCUUUGAGUGUGCCCGAUGGUACUCGUGUCAAAAGGGGAAGGCUUCAAGGAGGCUUUACUCAUGUCCCCCGAAAACUUUUGCCACGGAGGGUGGGUGUCGACCGGCGGCCCAGGUCACCGACUGUGACGCCGAGGGAAAUAGAUAUGCCUCACCAAUUCCAACAACUACCACACCCAAACCAACACCCGUCGGCCAAUUGGUCACUGACAGCACAGGGAAAUUCACCUGUCCAUCUAAUGGCCUGUUUAGAAACGGCGAAGACUGCAGGAAGUUCUGGGAAUGCGCCAGCGGGUUUGCCACCAUCAAAGAGUGUUUUUAUGACGGGUACACUUUCCACCCCGAGGUGAAGCAGUGUGUGCAUAACUCUGGAAACCCCUACUGUGAGGGAGUGAAACCCAUUACCCCGACGUGUAAGUAUUGAA